AUGAAGAAGCAGGAGAUCAAACGCCGGAAACGGGUCGUACCGGCUGGUGACACAGGCUCCCAAGCAGCGCCUUCUGUUGCGGACUACUCCCCACCGCAGCGUCCGUCCCAAACCCCAGCAUUCGAGCAUUCCGUUUCUCCAGACCCGUCGACAGCGCUAGAAUCUCGAGAAGACUAUACACCCGAACCUAGAGGACCAAUUGCCGUUGAUUUCACCCACUAUUAUGGUAACGCCUCGGUAACGUCAAAUCCGGCCACUCUUAUACCGAAUACACAACCCAAUGCACCAUCGCCCCGCAAGCGCAGUCGAAGUGCUACCAUGGACCCAGAAGAGACCGCCAACCCCAUGCCUCAUCGACCGAACGCCAUCUCUUCGAUAUUGAACCCAUCCCAAACCGAUGUAAACGCCAAUAUCGACCCUUCGCUAUCUGUUCCACUUCGUCCGAGUGCGGGCUCGUCACCUAAUCCCGGAGUUUCGCAAGAAGAGAAGGCAGCUAGGAGGGAGAGAUUGAAGAAAGAAGCAGAGGCUAUGAGACAAGAACUAGAAAGGAGACAGAAAGAGUUAGACGAGUUGGAGAACGAUUGA